AUGUUUGCUUCCGAUACUUUAUAUCAACUUCGUGUUUCACUGCAAUUAGCCGAAAGUGAACGUGAAGGAGGUUUUUCUGCUCAUAUUUCACCUUUUGUUGAACCACCAGAUAUCGGUGGUGUUUUACAACGUAUUGGUUAUAAUAUAGUGACAUUAGAUCUUGAUGAAAUUCAUAUUGAUUAUCCUUCAAUGUUUGAAUUGAUGUUUGAUCUUAAAGGUAUGGGUGAAAAUAAUUGUAGUUGGAAUCGAAAUUUAACAUUAAAACGUGAAACACUUCUUGCAGCUCAAGCUAUUUAUCAAAAUAUGUAUGGUAAUAAAGAUGGAUCAAUACCAGCUACCUAUCGUGUACUAUAUUUUAUCGGUUGGAAGCCAGAUCCUAGUCAAAAAAGUCCUGCUAAACGUGGUUCGGCGAAUGUAUCUUUCAAGGAUAUAGACAAGAUUUUAUCUACGAAAAAAUAA